AUGAAGUUCUUUAUUACUGCUUCCGUUAUUGCUGCCGUCCUCGGUCAUGCAUCUGCCCACUCUUGGGUCGAGGAGAUGCAAGUUAUCGACUCGACUACUGGCAACUACACUGGCGACUAUGGCUAUCCUCGUGGUUAUGUUGCUCGCACUGAUCCUGGCUUCAACGGCGACUCGAUGGACUACCUGCUGCCAGCCCUUAGCUCGGGCCGCACGCGUAUUGACAAUACUGAUCUUCUCUGCCACCCUAAUCAACGUACUUCAAACUACGCCAAUGCCAAGUACCCUCGCCUUCAGGCUGCUGCUGGCUCCUACGUCGCCAUGAAGUACCUUGAGAAUGGUCACGUCACUCUGCCUCAGAACCAACCUGGCAAGCCCAAGUCUGGCGGUACUGUUUUCGUCUACGCCACCACAAAGCCUUCCAACACUGAGAAGAUUGCCGACGUCCUCAAGUGGAACACUGCGGGUAAUGGUGGUGAUUCACGCGGUACUCAAAUUGCUGCUCAGAACUUUGAUGAUGGACGUUGCCACCAAAUCAACUCUGGCACCAUCUCUCUUCAACGUCAAAAAGAGUUCCCCGAUCAUGUCUUCGGCCAGUCUGACUCCAAUGUUGAGCAGUGGUGCGAAACAGAUGUUCACAUUCCUUCGACCUACAAGACUGGUGACACUGUCACUGUCUAUUGGAUUUGGCAGUGGCCCACUGCGGCUGGUGUUGGCGUCUACCCUGAUGGCAAGGAUGAAUACUACACUUCUUGCGCCGAGAUUGACAUUGUUGACUCUGUCAGCAAUGCUCCUCCAGUUCACACUAUUGCUCAGCAGGACGCUCAAGCUGAGGCUGUCUCUGACUUCAAUUCUAGAGCUGCUCUCACUACGAGUCCCCUCUACACUCUUGCUGGUGCAUCUGGUUCUGCUGCUGCUUCGACUUCACCCUCAGCCGCCACCACGUCUUCAACUUCUUCGUCUACCGCUCCAUUAUCGGUCUCUUCCUCUGUUGCUUCCUCAAUCACCUCCACAGCCUACACCAGUGAGUUCACCGACCUCCCCAUCAUCUCUCUUCCUACCUUUCCUUUUGCUAACUCUUCUUCUCCAACCUCAGGAUCCACCAACAACCCCUCAAACCCUUUCCCCAGCCACGCCUCAGGCAACCCUUCUCUACCUUUCUUUUCACCUCCUGCUCAACUCCCUAGUUUUGUUACUGUCACCGACUACAUCACCAUGUCUGAUGUUGCAAACAAGGCCCAAGGACCUGCUUUCACAAAGACUGCAACGCAGAUUGUGACGAACUAUGUUACUGCUGUUGCUAGCACUGUUGUUGUGCCGCAGACUUUUGCUGGUGCUGGUGUUACUCAGGCUGCGUUGCCGAGUAUUGUGCAGGUUCCUGAUCAAGCUGGUAAUGCUGGGUUGAUUGGUAGGCGCUUUGUUGCUUAA